AUGUCGGUGGUGGCUGGUGGUAGUGGAGGAUCGUCUGUGGCUGCUGCAGGUUCUGGAUGUCUGUCUGUAGGCUCGCCCUAUGCCUCUGCAGGGGUGGGAGCUUCUGGUGUGGCCGGGAGACUCCCAGCUCGCGUCCUGGAGCACAUUUUUUCUUAUCUAGAUCUACCAGACCUCAUAAACUGCUCGCUCGUUUGUUGGCAUUGGUAUAACAUAUUAUCGGAUGAAAACAGUGAGGUGUGGCGCACUCUUUGCAAUCGGAGUCUCACCGACGAAGCUUUGCGGUCUGAUGUGCUGUGUAAUCUGCCCACCUACAAGGGGAAGCUCAAGUCCUUUCAACACGCUCUGAGUUCCAGCGACUGCUCCCGUAAUGUUUACAUCAAGAAAAAUGGCUUCACCUUGCACCGAAACCCCAUCGCCCAAAGCACGGAUGGCGCCCGGGGGAAAAUCGGCUUCUCUGAGGGACGACACGCCUGGGAGAUUUGGUGGGAGGGUCCUCUUGGAACUGUAGCUGUUAUAGGUAUUGCCACAAAACGUGCUGCAAUGCAAUGCCAAGGAUAUGUGGCUCUUUUGGGAAGUGAUGACCAAAGCUGGGGCUGGAACUUAGUGGACAAUAAUCUGCUUCACAAUGGAGAGGUGAAUGGAAAUUUUCCACAAUGCAACAAUGCACCGAAGUAUCAGAUUGGAGAACGGAUACGUGUGAUUCUAGACAUGGACGACAACACUUUAGCAUUUGAGAGGGGCUUUGAAUUCCUGGGUGUAGCAUUUCGAGGACUGCCCAAAGCUUGCCUGUUUCCUGCCGUGUCUGCGGUCUACGGCAACACUGAAGUCACCAUGGUUUACCUGGGAAAGCCUCUGGAUGGCUAA